AUGGGGUGGCUGGACGUCUUCGCGCUGUCCAUGGCCCUAAAGCUGUCCGUGGCGCUGUCUCUGCCCGGCGUCGUCGCCAGGGAGGUCCAUGCGCGUGCUGAGAGCGGGUCGCUUGGGUACGCGCACCGGGUGCACGGCGUGAUGCCCAUCUGGAGCGUCGUGUGCUCCACGGCGCUGAUUAUCGGUUGCAUGAAUGAAGGGCUGUUCGAGGACGCCGAGGCGAUAUUCGAGGAGAUGGAGGGGAAGGACGUCGUGGCGUACAACGCCAUGGUGGAGGGGUACAGCAAGAUGGAGGAGACGGCGGAAGGCUUGCUCGAGCUUGGCGAGCAGGUGCAUUGCCAGGGAUUCAAGAGCGGCCUAGUCUUUGACAUCAAAGUUGGAAGCGCUCUGGUAGACAUGUAUGCCAAGUGUGGCCGGGUGGAAGACGGUCGUAGGAUCUUCAGCCAGAUGCCAGAGAGGAAUGUGAUCACCUGGACUUCGAUGAUCGACGGUUAUGGGAAGAACGGCCUCUCUGACGAGGCCCUCCAGCUGUUCGGUGAAAUGCGAGAGCGGCGAGAUGUGAGGCCAAACCACGCCACCUUCUUGAGCAUUCUAUCGGUGUGCGCACACGCUGGGCUGCUGUCUCAGGGCCAGGAGGCUUUCCAGAGCAUGGAGAGUGAGUACUUUCUGUGGCCGCGGAUGAAACACUAUGCAUGCCUGGUGGACUUGCUGGGUAGAUUCGGAAGCGUGCGGGCAGCUACACUGCACGGGGACAUGGACAUGGCCAACAUUGCGUCGAGGGAGGUCUUUGAGCUGAGCCGCAAGGGAAGACCGGGCGCUUACAUGACAUUCUCCAACACACUUGCGGCAGCUGGGAAGUGGGACAGCGUGCAUGAUGUUAGGGAGAUGAUGAAACAACAUGGCGUGCUGAAAGACGCUGCCUACAGCUGGGUCGGCUCUGAGAACCCGCUGCUUGUCGACUGA